AUUGCCUUGUCCACAACCAAAUCGCUCCCUGGUUGGUCUCAAGGUGGGGCUUACCCGCACAUCCAACAUGCUGGCCUCGAUAUAUACACAGUCUGUUCCGUAAUUCCGACCGCGCUUGAUUUCCAUUUACUUUACAAUGACUGGCCAAAUCAUCCUAUCCCACAUGCGAAGGCUGAGCCGUGUAUGGCCUCGAAACUUCUCGAUCGCAACUGUCCCUCCAGGAUUACACCCACUAUUGACCGCGAAAUCACACAAAUAUUCUAGCCAAACAUCUGUCUCUCAACCAUGACAACAUCGACCACCACCCCCCGCACUAUCGCUCUACUGGGCGCAACGGGCAACCAAGAGAGCGGAGUCGUCCGUGCCUUAUUACAGAAAAGCCCGCAUCACCCAGCCUCGUUCACCGUUCGUGCUGUGACACGGGAUCCCAGCUCCCCCCAAGCAGAACGACUUCGCGCCGUCUAUCCAGAAGAAGAAGUCUCUGGCCGACUACAGCUCGUGCCUGGCAACGUCUAUGACGUCACAAGCCUAGAGCGUGCCUUCGACGGGGUCUGGGGCGUGUUUGCAGUCAAAAAUAAUCGUCUCCUCGGGCAAAUGAUUGAAACCGAAGAGGACCUCGAGCAUGAGCUGGUAGCGGGAAGGAAUAUCGUGGCUGCCGCCAAAGUAUCUGGGGUGCGUCAUUUUGUGAUCAGCAGUCUACCCAAUCUGGCGGACGCGAGCAAGGGACAAUUUCAAAAGGUAUUCCAUUUCGACCAUAAAUAUCAAAUUGAGCAACUCGCAAAGAGCGAAUUGACUGCCGUGACGGCUUUGCGGCCUGGGCUGUUUUACACGAAUGUACAAUGGGUGCAAUACUGCCGGCGAAACGAAAACGGGAUCGUCCGUUUUUGUCCGCCGGUUCCCGGGAACAAAACCGCAGAUUGGACCGAUCCAAGAUAUGAUAUCGGCAUAUAUGCAGCUGGCACGUUGGACCCAAUACCACAAUCUACCCUCCUAACGGCCGCCGAAAAAAUAAAAGUGUUCUCUCUUGGGCCUGAAAAGACGGCCUCUAAAGUAUAUCCAGUGGUCAGCUCUAAGAUGCGCUUUGCUGAUCUUCCGGCCAUUUUUUCGACCGUGCGAUAUCAACCGGCAAUUUUCGAUCCUAUCAGUCCAGAUGAUUGGGGUGCCACAGUCGCAAGGACGGUUGGGAAGGGGUAUGAAGAGGACAUCAGGCAGAUGAUGGAAUGGAUUGCUGUUGCGCCAGAUGAGAAAAUUUGCUAUGGGACCAUGACCCCCCAGGAGGAUUGCUCCGGGGCGGAUCUUGGAGUGCGGGCUAGUACAUUCGAGGAGUGGUUGAGGAGGUCAGGAUGGCAAGGACUAUGA